AUGACCAACUCCCUCUCGGCCGCUACCUGCGCCAUUUACGCAGUCCUCGCCAUCCCAGUGCUCUAUCUCCUCGUCCGGCACGGUCGCUACGGCCUUCUAGGAUGGCUCUACCUGUUCUUCUUUUGCACUCUGCGCAUCAUCGGCGGCGCCUUGGCCGUCAAGGACACCAGUGCGGCCGCUAGCAUCAUCUCCAGCGUUGGUCUUUCGCCUCUCCUCCUCGCGACAGCUGGUAUUCUACAUGAGGCGAGGCACUAUCGCAUCCACUCCCUCGACAAGAAAAUGGAAUGGGUCUGCGUGCUAUCCUACCACAUGUUCGUCGUCGCCGGCGUCGCGCUCACAGCGGCCGGAUCCGCGAAACUCCAGACACACGAACAGCCCCUCGACAAGGCCGCGAAGAUCGCCAAGGCCGGCAUUGCGAUUCUGGCGGUUGCGUGGGGGGUUUUGGUCGCUUGGACCGGGGUGUCGUUUGCUGCUCCCCGGGGCCGCAAUUCCUCUCUGACGAGGGCGGGGACGCUGCUGCUUGGGACCGUCUGCUUCUCGCUUGUGUUUGUCGGGGUCCGUGUCUUUUACAGUCUUGCUGCACUGUGCACGGAGAGGGCGGCGCUGAAUCCGGUGACGGGGUCUCUGGCUAUCCGCGUGGUGCUGGGGUUCCUGCCGGAGGUGAUUGCAACGCUUGCGUAUGUUUUUGCGGGGAUGAAGACGCAGGGGGCGGCGUUGCUGGCUCAUGUGGAGGAGGAGAUGGUCCCUGCGAAACCGCGUUCUCAGCCCUGGGUUUAG